UGUAGUCACAACUCGAAGAAAAAGAAAAAUCACUCAUUUUUCUCAGCUUCUUCAUUUCAGCAAACAUACUUGGAAACAUUCAAGUAUAUGUCGAGACAAAUCUCAAAUUGUCAUUUUUUUCCAGAAAAAUCACUCUGUGUAUAGAGAUACUGUGAAGUAAGGAGCAUUACGUACUUUACCUGAUUUGACAGAAAAAUGGCAUUGGGAAAGAAGAGAAUAAUAGUUGUCCAGAAAUCGCAUUUGAAGCAACGUCGUGGUGUGGAAGAUGGAGGAUUAGGGUUAGAGUUAGAGUUAGAGUUGGUUCAGUACAAGAGAGGAUUUGGGAGGAAGAGGGUUUUAAUUUCAUCAGGUGAUGAGAUUUGUGAUUCACCUGUCGGAAAAACCUCAUCGAAGAAGCUAUGCGAUGAAGCUUCGGCUGCAGGUGGUCAAAGUCGAGAGCUUGAAGAUCUUCCUCUAGAUAUUCUGUUGAGGAUUAUAUGUGGGGUCGAGCAUGAAGAUUUGAAACAACUGUUUCAUGUUUCAAAGGCAGUAAGAGAAGCUACAUUAAUCGCAAAGCAGUCACAUUUCGCAUAUAGUACACCUCGGAAAACCUCUGUUUUCGAACGUAGCAGAUUCGGUUUAGAUAAACCGUCUGGUUUAGGUGAUGGCGACGAUUAUGAGAUUGAAGCCCCAGCAGCCCCAUUGCAGAAAAGGUACCGUUCCCGUGACGAGGACAAUUCUGGAGUCUCAGUGGCUCUAUUCAAGUGAAUCAAACAGCUUGGUUUGAGGCGAACACCAAUCUACUUGGUUUCUUCAAGAUUCUUGAUUGAAGAAACAGAGGUAUAAGUUAUGUUCUUAGGUUUUGGUUUGGAUAGGUCUCUGUAAAGUGUUGUUAGAUAAAAAGAAAGAUAGGGUUUUGGAAAGGCUAGCUUUUUUAGAAGGUCAGAAAUGUUUUACUUUGGAGGUUCUAAACUUUUUUUGUUAUGUGUAAGGUAAGAUAAAUAUAGUAUGUUUGGAUUUAUUUAUGAAGUAAAUUAAUUAGACAUGAAAUAUUGUGUUCUUUAAAUUCAUAGUGAAGUGAUUUAUCUUUUA